GAUAUACGGAAAUAUACUGUUUGUGUCACUUUCCUUUCCAGCUACAACUAUCUUCCAUCUUUAUUUCAUUUUGUCUGCUAUCAGAAGAAGAGGUUAUGGCGGAGCAGAGGUUGAGUGCUAUUGCUGACAGGUUGGAGAAGGCGGUUACAAGACUGGAGUCACUUGGUAAAGGCUCAUCCGGUGGAGGAUCUGAAGUGAACAGUGAAAUUGUUGAUGAGUUUGAUUCCCAGGUUUUGAAUGGAAAAUUAUCAAAGUAUUUUGAACUCUCAAAGAAGUUUGGUGGUGAAAUAAGUGAACAGGCUGAGAUUGUGAGGAAGUGCUUCAAUAGAGAGAGAGAGAUUCUUGUUCUUGCUUCGAAACACAAGCAACCAAAACCAGAUGUUACUGCUCAAAUUAUGAAACCGUUGGGAGUGUGUGUUGAUGAAACUAUCGCUUAUUGUGAAAAGAGGCGUGGCAGUAAAGUAUUCAACCACUUGAUGACAGUGAAGGAAGGAAUAGGCUGUGUGGGUUGGGUCACUGUGGCCCCUAAACCAGCUCCAUAUGUAAAGGAAUGUGGAGACCAGAGUUUGUUCUACGGGAACCGAGUGAAGAAGGAGUACAAAGGAAAGGAUAAUCAACAUUGUGAGUGGGUGGAUGCCUAUUUUGGUAUGUUUAAGGACCUUCAAGAGUACGUUAAGACUUACCACACAACUGGACUCACUUGGAACCCUGAGGGUACAGAGUUGACCAGUGCUCCUGCUGCUGGUGGUCCCCCUCCUCCUCCUGCCGUGGGUGGUCCCCCUCCUCCCCCUCCUGUUGCUGGGGUACCUCCUCCCCCUCCUCCUGGGGCUGCCGCUUCGUCUGCUUCUAGCUCAAAGAAACCCGACACUACAGCUCUCUUUGCACAAAUAAACCAAGGGUCCUCUGUCACCUCCAAUUUGAAGAAGGUUACUAAGGAUAUGCAAACUCAUAAGAAUCCUGAGCUCAGAGCUUCAUCGGUUGUUAAAGAUACAGACAUUAAGAAACCAAAGGCUGGAUCUGCUGCUAAGCCAACGCCUGCUGCUAAUGUCCAGCGACCGCCAAAAUGUGAACUUGUUAAUAACAAGUGGAUUGUGGAAUAUCAAGAAGGAAAUAGUAAUAUUGAAAUCACGCCCACUAAUUCAAAGGAGGCUAUUUACAUUUAUAAAUGCAACAAAUCCACUAUUAAAGUGCAUGGGAAAUUGAACUCCAUUGUGAUUGAUUCUUGUAAGAGAGUUGGUCUUGUUUUUGAUUCAACCAUAUCCUGUGUGGAGGCAGUUAACAGCCAGAGUGUCCAGAUACAGGUCACUGGUUAUUGCCCCACUAUUUCUAUUGAUAAGUGUGAUGGCUGUCAAGUCUUCUUGAGUAAAGAGUCUCUCAAUUGUGAAAUAGUUUCUGCCAAAUCUUCUGAAAUGAAUAUUUCUGUUCCUACCGGAGAUGAAGGAGAUUUUAGUGAGUUUGCUUUGCCUGAGCAGUUCAAGUCUCUCUGGAAUGGUAAGAAGUUUGUCACUGAAUGCACUGACAUCAACGGAUAGAGGAAGUAGGUGUGGCCUCUCUCAUUUUAUUUCUUGUGCUGUAAAGGAACUUUUAUUAGUAGUGAACUGUAGGUACAGCUGCAACAUUAGCAUUAUUAGCGUUUAUUAUUAUUAUUAUUAUUAUCAUUAUUAUUAUUAUUAUUAUUAUUAGUAUUAUUAUUAUGUUAGGUUUUUUGCUUGCUGUAGGCAUUUUGAGCUUUGAUUUUAUUUAUA